AUGAUGCUUUCACACUACUACAGGAACCGCAAAAAUAGAACAUUACCUGUACUCAAAACAGAAAAGGAUUUGGAGGCCGAAGGAUUGGCUAGAUUAUCAAUCGAUCUACCCUCAUUCCAGGUAACAGAUGAGCCUGACAGUGCCAUUUCUGCAUCACCGACAGUAGCAAGUCGACAUAAUUCCUUCAUUCUGGACAAUCCUGCAACAAGACGACCUAAAGCUGAAGAUACAGCUUCCCUCAGCAGAUAUAGUAUCGGGUUUGACGUUCCUGGUGCUGUACACACUAUUAUGACACCAAAACUAAAAACGGAGCGUCAAUUGGAUAGUAAAUUAGUGGUAGUGAUGGUUGGUUUACCCGCAAGAGGCAAGAGUUACAUUGUAAAGAAAUUGAGAAGAUAUCUGAAUUGGUUGCAGUACGAAACAAAAGUAUUUAAUGUGGGUAACUUGCGUCGCGUCAAUAAAAACUCACAGCAACUUGAUCAAUCCGCAACAUUUUUCGAUCCUGAUAAUAAAGAUGGUAGUAAAAUUCGUGACGAUUUAGCUUUAAUGGUAUUAGACGAAUUAAUCGAUUGGCUCAAAAGUGGAGGGCGCGUGGCAAUCCAUGAUGCAACGAAUUCCACUGUACAAAGAAGAAAAUUAUUAAUUGAUCGGCUUCAACGUGAACCAGAAAUCAAAGUGUUAUUGUUAGAAUCUGUUUGUACAGACAAAGCUGUUCUGGAACGUAACUUUAGGCUGAAAUUAUCCGGACCUGAUUACAAAGACAAGGAUCCUGCGAAAGCAUUAUCUGAUUUUAGACAUCGUGUAGCAAAUUAUGAGAGAGCUUAUGAAUCAGUGGGGGAUUGGGAAGAAGAAAAUGAUAUUCAAUAUUGUAAACUGGUUAAUGUGGGUAAAAAAGUCAUUGCUCAUAACAUAUCAGGCUAUCUCUCUGGCCAGUGUAUAUUUUACUUGAUGAACUUCAAUCUAGCUGAACGUCAAAUAUUUGUCACACGUCAUGGUGAAAGUGAAGAUAACAUAUCAGGUAGAAUUGGCGGAGAUGCUCCCCUGUCUGCAAAGGGUAGGAAGUUUAGUAAAUGUUUAGCUAGAUUUGUAAAAGAGAGAAGAAUUGCGUUUGCUUUAGAUCUCGCCAGAAGAAAAAUUAAACAGGAAAAGGAAUCAAAAGAUCCGUUGAAAGGGUCGGAUGAGGAGGAUGAGGAUGGCAUAGAAAGGUUUAGAACCGAAAAAAAAGUCAAGGCAAGGGCUGAGGCUAUAUCAAAUUCACAGUUUACGAUUUGGACUAGUAUGUUGAAAAGAAGUAUGCAAACUGCUGAAUCAUUUGAUCCUGAUGAGUAUGAUAUCAAACAUAUCCGCUUUCUAAAUGAGAUUAACUCUGGAAGCAGAGAGGGUAUGACAUAUGAAGAGAUAAAAGCACAACAUCCAUCCGAAUUUCAGGCUCGUCAAGAUAAUAAGCUCUAUUAUCGUUACCCGGGUAUGGGAGGUGAAUCAUAUUUGGAUGUUAUCCAUAGACUCCAAUCUAUGAUUAUAGAAUUGGAACGAAUGAAUCAAUCCUGCUUAAUUGUUACACAUAGAGUUGUUUUACGAAUCUUGCUUGGAUAUCUGCUAGAAUGGUCUCAAACACAAAUGCCUCAUAUGCUAGUACCCAUUCAUACUGUUUACGAAUUGCGACCCAAACCUUAUGGUGUAGAAUUGACGAAUUGGACAUGGGAUGAAGAGACUGAUACAUUUGUCGUGUUGAAAGAAACCACUCAAUAA